CCUUCAUACAGUUGUAUUACAGUAGGACUGUCAUACAUACAGACAACGUGAAUACACUUUGUAACUUGAUCACUCAAUAUAUAAACAAUUUAACAAACUUGAAAUAAAAUAACAAACAUUUCCCAAUAUAAACUUUUAUAGUUAUAAUAAAAGGAGGUUUUUUAUACUUGGGAAGUUUAAAGAAAUGGCUUUAAAGUUUUAUCAGAGUUUUGACAUAAAGGAGAAGGAUUUUGAUGAACUGAUUUGUAGAGAAUGUGCGAGGAAUGGAAGCAGUGUUGAUACAUUGAAUUUCUGUGUAGGGUGUGAGAGUCUAUUUUGUUUUCAAUGUUUACAAGAUCACAGAAGAGAUAAUGAUGACCCUCAAUGGAUUCCGAAUGAUGAGACUGUAAACAGAAACAACAACCAAAGUCCAUCUCAUCAACUUGAGACAAAUAACAACAUCAGUUACAGUAAAAAUACCAGUGACAACCAACUUCAGGUAAAAUAUCAACUCAAACAGUCCCUCCUUGUACUGCAAAAACAACUGAACAAUCAUAUCAAUUAUGAUAAAACAGAAAAUGAAAACAGACUUCAGAAAAUACAAGAACAUGCUGACAGAAAGAUAAAUGAACUUAGAAUGAGAAUAAUGGACUGGUUGGAUGAGAUUCAGAAACGAUUGACAGAUUCUGUACUACAUCUUCAUGAUGAGACAGAGGAGCUUUAUGCUGCUCAUAAACUACCUGUACAUAUACUGAUGGCAAAAACUGAUGCAGCACUCAACAAACUUCAUACAACACAAACAGAUGAUAUUGGAGAGCUAGUCUGUUUCACUGAACAAACAAAAUCAGAGGCAAUGAAACUAUUUGAAGAUAGUGACAAUCAUGACAGAAAUAUACUUAAAAACUUAGAGACUGCUCAGCUAGAUAAUAUUAAUACUGUACUGGCCGAGUCUAUGGAUGAACUUUUAUGUAACAUCAAUGCUCUCACUAAUUCCCUGACUACAGAUGUUGGUUCCAGUCAAACUGAAGUAAAGUCUUACAAUGUGCAGGGUCAAAGGGACACAACUGUGUGUGAUAUAAACAGUUCAUGUUUCAUGCCUGACGGAUCAAUCCUAUUGACAGAUUGGAAUAAUACAAAUAUUAAAUUACUGAACCAGAACUACAAGGUGACUAAUACAUGUGAUCUUCCCGGAAUACCCUGGGCCAUUUGCUGUGCUGGAAAUAAAGAGGUAGCUAUCUCACUACAUUUACUACAAAAAAUACAAUUUGUAUCAGUGACAGAGAACAGACUGGAACUAACACACUCUUUUAAAGUAAGACAGAAAUGUCGAGGUGUUUCCUAUGCUGACAAUAAGAUUUAUGUUGGCUGUGGAGGUGGUGGAAUACUAGAGGGGAGGGGACAAGUCCAUGUAUACAACAGACACGGGACUCUACUUCAAGCUUUCAAACUGGACAGACUUGGAAACAGCUUGUUUUCAUGUCCUCAACAUAUAGCUAUCAGUGAUGAUAAAUCUGAGCUAUUUAUAGCUGACAAGAACUUUGGCAUUAUACAGAUAAGUCUGUUAGAUAAAACUUCAGGUAAAACAAGUAUACAGGCAUUGGAUGGUAGUAAAUCAGAGGGAGCUAAAGGGAUAUGUUUGAUAGGUGACUCUACUGUUCUCAUGUGUGACUUCAUCUUGAACAAUAUAACUGUUUAUAGAAAGGUUGAAGGAAAGAUCGAGAUGGUUCAAAAUCUUCUAGACAAGAAAUACAACAUAUGCAAUCCUCAGUCUUUGUGCUACAAUAAACUCAACAACCACUUAGUUGUAACCAGUGGGAAUUCAAACUUUAUUCAAGUGUUUGAAACAUCAAUUCUGAAGUAGAUAAUACACAUCACAGAGGUUUAAAUAAAUAUACCAUAAAUCCAUAUACUUUAUCAGUGAAAUGAUCAAAAGAAGCUUUUUUUCAAAGAGUUUGGAGUUUAUUUUGGAGACAUUUAUAAAUCAGGCCUAAUAGUCAUGAUGUUCCAUGUAAGAGAUAUCUUUUUUCAUGAGACUUAAAAUGUAAUUAUUAUAAAAUUACCUGUACAGAUAACACAAGGAAGAAAUAAAACAUUUUGUAGUUUACAAUAGAACAGUAAAGCUUUGUUGUAACAUGUUUAUUGAUUGCCAUUAGGACAUCUUAAUAAGUUUACCAACAUAUGUACAAUUAUAUAACCAUGCAAAGCCUAUCUAGUCACGGUAAAAGCUGAGUAAAAAACUGA